CGACGGCAACGCCCAAGGUCGGCGCGAUCCGCGAUUUCGUUGCAUGCCACCAAGCCAGCGUCAACAUGGAAUCAUCUCUAUCUGAAAUGGUCAGGGACUUGUUUCCUCCCGACCCUGAGGUGGCGGCGCGCCAACCACUCCUAGCGCGCACCGACUUCCAAUCACAUGAACUAUACUGGCUGGACACGUACGAGUGGUACCGGGAACGCGGAUACUUGCUGCCCCAGCGCUAUCAUCCUGGAUGGCUAGCUUCACUGGUUGGAACUGGCGAACGCUGGCAGGAUCAUGAGGAAGGGUAUGUCUUCAAGAAUGGGUUCGUUGUGGAUGCGUGUCGUGAUUCAGACAACGCACAGGUUAUCCUGAAGCUCGUUAGACGCUCAGUUCACGAUCAAGAAGUGGAAAUCACACGCCAUCUCAGUACUGGUGAUAUUGCCGCGGACCCUAGGAACCACACCAUCCAGAUUGACGAUAUCCUUCACCAUACCGAUCAUCCGAAUAUUGAUGUCAUCGUCAUGCCAUUGCUUCGUCCUUUCGAUGACCCCCCGUUCGACACAAUAGGCGAAGUUGUGGAUUGCAUUGGACAGAUAUUCGAGGGACUUGAAUUCAUGCACUCUCAUCACGUAGCCCAUCGUGACUGCCAUGCCGGCAACAUACUACUGGACUCCCGUCGCAUGUACCCACAAGGUUUUCAUCCAAGAAGAAAGAAUCGCACAAGGGACUUACGGGGGCGUGCAAAACACUACACUAGGACGUCUCGUCCUCCUCGAUACUGCUUGAUCGAUUUCGGCCUGUCUCGUCGUUAUCGGGCAGAAGACACCAACCCGAUGGAACCAUUGAUCCCUGGCGGAGACAAAACCCUACCCGAAACACGGAACAGGAUUACACCUUGUAACCCGUUUGCCAACGAUGUGUACUACGUUGGCAACUGGGUACGCCAGUCAUUCCUCGAGGGAAUGCGCGGAUUCGGUUUCCUCGCACCGCUUAUUGAUGAGAUGGUCGUUGACGAUCCAAGCGCCCGUCCAUCGAUGGAACAAGUGCUACUCCGCUUCAACUCCGUAAAGCAGGGCUUAAGCACCUGGACAUUGCGCUCUCGCGCUGUCAGGGUUGAUGAGGGCUUCGUUUCCGGUUUGUGGGCUUCAGUGGGGCACUGGGCUAGGAGAAUUAGAUAUGUCGUGACAAGGACGCCCGCGCUACCCACGCCGUAAGGCGUUGAUUUCACCCUGGGCAGUA